GUGAGUUGAGCCACUUUUCUCCAUCCUAGAGAUGGCGUCCCAACACCCAUGAUUAAGCAGAAAAAGAAGCGAAAGAAAGGAUGCGAGGCCCUUCGAUUCAACCCUCUUUCUGGACCGUGAUAUGUAUUCUUCGCUCGAAAUGAGUUAGGAUUUAUAUUCUUUGUUUUUUUGUCAUUAAUGUCUCGAUCAUUGACUUUCUAUUGGAGGUUCUGAUAAGGUGUUGGCGCCUCCGCUCCAUCCAUUCAUCCGUCCAUCUAGCGCAGGGACGGGGCGAGGAAGGUGGAGGGCCGCGGCGAUGGCUGCUGGAGGAGCUGGAGGAGGAUGCGGGGAGUCGGUGGAUCAUUAUCGGGCGGAGGUGGAGCGGCUGACCCGCGAGCUCGCAGAGGCGAACCGGGAGAAAGUCCGGGCGGCGGAGUGCGGUCUGGUGGUGCUGGAGGAGAACCAGACCCUAAAACAGCAGUAUGCGGAUCUGGAGGCCGAGCAGGAGACCCUCAGACAAGAGCUGGAGCAACUGCAGGAGGCCUUCAGCCAGGCGUACACCACCCAAAAGAAGGUGGCUGAAGAUGGGGAGACCAACGAGGAGACGCUGCUGCAAGAGUCAGCCACUAAGGAGGCAUACUACAUGGGCCGUCUGCUGGAGCAGCAAACCGAACUGAAGAAUAGUCGAUCUCAAGCGUCCUGCACACAGGUGGAGAAUGAGAGACUCACAGACAUACUGCAGGAACUCAGAGAGAGUAAUGAGAUGUUGGAGCUGCAGAGGAGUCGGAUGAGAGAGGAGAUCAAAGAGUAUAAAUUCAGAGAGGCCCGACUUCUGCAGGACUACACUGAACUGGAAGAAGAGAACAUCUCACUGCAGAAACUGGUGUCUACGCUCAAACAGAACCAGGUGGAAUAUGAAGGCUUGAAGCAUGAAAUCAAAGUUCUGGAGGAGGAGACAGCCUUGCUCAAUAGCCAAUUAGAAGAUGCGCUGCGCUUGAAGGACAUCUCCGAUAGCCAACUAGAGGAGGCCUUGGACGCUCUGAAAGGAGAGCGAGAGCUGAAGAAUACCUUCCGGAAGGAAUUAGCUCAUCAUCUUACUGUGUGCGACGGGGCCUUCAGUUCAGGCUGUGCCCAUCUGAUCGCCUUGAGCUCAGCGCCACCUAGUGGCAGUGCCACUCCGACAGCGGCGACCUCGCCCAGCAGUGAAGACGGGGGCAAAUGCAAUGCUCAUCUGCUCCAGGGCGCGAUGGGUUCAACGCUAAACAGACUAAAUGGAGAUUUCAGGACAUUGGCUUUGAGGAAGAGUGAAAUUUUGACCCCUGACCUCUUCAGUGAACUCAACGGGCCCGAGAUCCAGAAACUCAAACAGCAACUCCAACAGGUUGAGCGGGAAAAAGCAUCUUUGGUGAACAGCUUGCAGGAAUCACAGGCUCUGCUCCGUCACACACAGGGGGCCCUUACGGAGCAGCACGAGAGGGCACGUCGACUGGGUGAGCGAUUUCGAAAACUCCGCCACCACCGCAGCAAGGACAACAAGGUGGAAGAGGAAGAUGAAGAUGAGGAGGCCACGUAUGUCCCAGGGGAUCAAGAGGCUCCCAGUUUGGAGUUGUUGCAGUGUAAGUACAGGGUUGCAGUGACGGAGGUGGUUGGACUGAAGGCGGAGCUUAAGGAGGUCAAAGAAAGAUUUAACAAGUGUGUGGAGGCAAGAGCACGAGCAGAAGAGCACGGCCAGGUGCAAUUGCAGGCACUGGAGACUCAGGUGGCACAGUUAGAAAACAGUUGCAAGGAUGGCCGGGAAAAGGUGGUGAAUCUUGAACGUGAGCUGCAGGCAGCCACUAACACGGCAUUGGAAACCCAUGGAAUUCUUGGUACCGCGCAAGACGAGCUGGCGAUAUUUAGCGAAGAAUUAGCGCAACUUUACCAUCAUGUCUGCCUGUGCAACAAUGAGACACCCAAUCGUGUUACACUGGACUACUACCGGCAGGGCAGGACCCUAACACGUAUGUCCAACGCCGGCCUCAAGGUGCAAGACGAACUCCGGGUGCUGUUGACGCCACGGCUAGCACGUCGUUUAGCUGCAAUUAAUGCCGCAACGUCCGAGUCACGUAGCCCAUCCAACUCACCGUCCAAAGAACCCGUCAGUGUUGAGCAGAGCCCGGUUCGUACGCUGCUUGGCUCACCCAUUGUUAGUGCCUCUUCCUCUUCAUCAUCUUCGUCUCCUGCACCCGAGUCGUCCACGGGCUCCGACCUCCGCCGUGAGCCCACCAACAUCUACCACCUUAAUGCCAUCAUUCGCGAUCAGAUCAAACAUCUCCAGAAGGCAGUGGACCGUUCACUACAGCUAUCCCGCCAGAGAGCGGCCGCUAGUGAGCUCGCCCCGUUGAUGGACAAGGACAAGGAGGCCUUUAUGGAGGAGAUCCUUAAGCUCAAAUCCCACCUGAGCACCAAAAGAGAGCAGAUCGCAACCUUGCGCUUUGUACUCAAAGCCAACAAGCAGACGGCUGAGGGGGCCCUCGCCAACCUGAAGAGUAAAUAUGAGAAUGAGAAGACAAUGGUGACAGACACCAUGAUGAAGCUGAGGAACGAGUUGAAAGCUUUGAAAGAGGAUGCGGCGACCUUCUCUUCCCUCAGAGCCAUGUUUGCCACACGCUGUGAUGAGUAUGUGACUCAGUUAGACGAUAUGCAGAGACAACUUGCUGCGGCUGAAGAUGAGAAAAAGACGUUGAACUCUCUCCUCCGCAUGGCCAUCCAACAAAAAAUCGCCCUCACCCAGAAACUAGAAGACCUGGAGGUUGACCAUGAGCAGUCUCACCGUACCCGUGUGGGCAAGACAUCCAGACUGCGGACUCACACACCUAAAAUAGUCAGCAGCCUCCUGCCACAUUGCCACAACUCUACAAAGAACUAAACAUGACGGGCCCCUUUAGACCACAGAACAUGAUUUUGUUGGAGAUGGAUUAUGGUGACUGGUUCCUGCCUCCCCGACUCCAAAUCAGAGGCACUGCUUGGAUUUUGUACAUCAGGAGUGCCUCACAUUACCUACUAUAUUAACCCCAGUGCCGCCCUGAUCCUGAGCUGAAGGCGAUACAUACAGAGCACUGGAAGCUGUAGACACUCUAUGGUGUGCCCUGAAUGCCUAUGUAAACCCAUGACAAUUUGGCAUCAUGAUUAGAUCAUAGUCAUGUGAUUUGUAUCAUCGUUCAGCAACUUUUAGCCUUUGACACUUUUUUGACACACUAUUAAAAGUGUUGAUGUUUCACAUUUUUGUCAUCUGAAUGUUAUAUUAUACAAUCACUGAUGUUUUUGUUUUAAUGCUUUUAGGACACUUUUUUAGACACUUUUAAGUUAAAUAAAUAGUAAAUAGAGCAUGCAGAUGUUUUAAGCAAACAUAAAACCUUACUAGUAUUACUAAAAUGGGUUAAAGUGAUAGUUCACCCAAGCAUGAAAAUUAUCUCAAUAUUUACUCACCCUCAUGCCAUCCCAGAUGCAUAUGACU